CGUGUUGAGCUGUUAUCAAUCUCUCUCUCUCUAUCAUCUCGUUCGGGCUUCUUCUUAUUACGUUCUCCAGGGAACCCCUUUUAUGCAAGCUGUAAUCGAACGAGAGAGCUCAUUUGGACUUUAAUCAUCUCCUCCCACCACAAAGUCGUACCCUCUGUUUUUCUUUCUCUCUCUGACCCCUCUUUCUCUCUCUAAAACAGUCCUCAUAUAAGUUCUCUCCCAAUGUCGCCAUGAUUUAGAGACGCCUCGCUCCGUUUCCCCCUCCACGCGUCUCCAUUUCUCGAUCUCUUCCCUCUCUCUCUCUCUAUCCACAAUGAGAUCACAGUUGUAGAAAGAGAAACGAAAGAAUAAAAAUAAAAACUUUUUUCCAUUUCUUCUGGCUUAUCCUAACACCCACAUUUAAGCGGUUUGAUUUAGAAAGUUUUUUUUUUUUUUUUUUUGGUUUUUGGAGAUCUCACAAAAAUGGCGCCGCCGUCGUUCGAUUGGUGGGCGAAGGAGAGCCACCGGGGCACGCCGGUUGUCGUCAAGAUGGAGAAUCCGAACUGGUCUAUGGUCGAGCUGGAGGGCCCAACAGACGAGGACUUCCUAAUCGCCGACAACUCUCCGGGCCGGGCCCGCGACAAGGCCCGAGGAAAGAACGCCAAGCAGCUCACUUGGGUCCUCCUCCUCAAGGCCCACCGGGCCGCCGGCUGCCUCACCUCCAUUGCCUCCGCCACCUUCGGCCUUGCCUCCGCCGUCCGCCGCCGCAUCGCCUCCGGCCGUACCGACACCGAAAACUCUGCCGUCAAAAGAAGCCGCUUCUACGCCUGCCUCAAGGCCUUCCUCUGGCUCUCCGUCGUUCUUCUCUGCUUCGAGGUCGCCGCCUACUUCCAGGGAUGGCAUUUCGGCGCGUCAUCUCUCCAGCUCCGGUACCUCUGGACUACGCCGUUUGCUGUCAGAGGCGCCUUCGAUUGGGUCUACGCGACUUGGAUGUGGCUCCGCGUGGAGUACCUCGCCCCUCCUCUUCAGUUCCUGGCCAAUGCCUGUAUCGUCCUCUUCCUUAUCCAGAGCCUGGACAGGCUUAUCCUCUGCCUGGGCUGUUUCUGGAUCCGCCUCAAGAAGAUCAAACCCAUUCCCAAACAAACCUCGUCUUCGGAUCUCGAAUCCGGCGAGAAUGGCUACUUCCCCAUGGUUCUCGUUCAGAUCCCCAUGUGCAAUGAAAAAGAGGUUUACCAGCAAUCGAUUGCGGCUGUGUGCAAUUUGGAGUGGCCAAAAUCGAAGCUGCUGAUUCAGAUUCUGGACGAUUCCGAUGAUCCGACGACGCAGAUGUUGAUCAAAGAGGAGGUCCACAAAUGGCAGCGUGAGAGUGCCCGCAUUGUGUACAGGCAUAGAGUGAUUAGAGAUGGUUAUAAGGCUGGUAAUCUCAAGUCCGCCAUGAAUUGCAAUUAUGUCAGAGACUAUGAGUUUGUCGCCAUCUUUGAUGCCGAUUUUCAGCCCACGCCUGAUUUCCUUAUGAGAACCAUCCCUCACUUCAAGGAUAAUAAUGAAUUGGCUUUGGUUCAAGCGAGAUGGUCUUUUGUGAAUAAGGAUGAGAAUCUACUAACAAGGUUGCAGAACAUUAACUUGGCAUUUCACUUUGAGGUUGAGCAGCAAGUGAAUGGCGUUUUUCUCAACUUCUUUGGGUUCAAUGGCACUGCUGGUGUGUGGAGAAUUAAGGCCUUGGAGGACUGUGGUGGGUGGUUGGAGAGGACCACCGUCGAGGACAUGGACAUUGCUGUGCGAGCUCACCUUCAUGGAUGGAAAUUCAUUUUCCUCAAUGAUGUUGAGUGCCAGUGUGAAUUACCGGAAUCUUAUGAGGCAUAUAGGAAACAACAGCACAGAUGGCACUCCGGACCCAUGCAAUUGUUCCGCCUUUGUUUGCCUGCUAUUAUCAAAUCCAAGAUAAGCUUUUGGAAGAAAUUCAAUUUGAUAUUCCUCUUCUUCCUUCUGAGAAAACUGAUAUUGCCGUUUUACUCCUUCACACUAUUCUGCAUUAUUCUCCCAAUGACAAUGUUCAUCCCAGAGGCUGAGCUCCCAGCAUGGGUUGUGUGCUACAUCCCGGCGACAAUGUCGUUUCUCAAUAUCCUCCCAGCUCCAAAAUCAUUUCCCUUCAUAGUCCCAUACCUUCUCUUUGAGAACACCAUGUCAGUGACCAAGUUCAACGCCAUGAUCUCGGGGCUAUUCCAGCUCGGAAGUGCUUAUGAGUGGGUUGUGACCAAGAAAUCCGGCCGCUCAUCCGAGGGUGAUCUUGUCUCCCUGGUUGAGAAAGAGGGAAAACACCAAAGAGGGGUCUCAGUUCCCAAUCUUCAGGAAAUGAAAGAGGAGAUUACACAACAAGAGAAGAAAGCCUCUAAGAAGAAGAAGCACAAUAGAAUAUACACAAAGGAAUUGGCACUAGCUUUCCUUCUACUAACAGCGUCAGCAAGAAGUCUCCUUUCAGCUCAGGGUAUCCAUUUCUACUUCUUGCUGUUUCAAGGGAUAUCUUUCUUGCUUGUUGGGCUUGACUUGAUUGGCGAGCAGGUUCAGUGAAUAAUAUAACAUGAAUAGGAUUCUCUUAAAGCAGAAAAUAGAUGGUUGAAAUGGAUAUGAAACCAAUGGGGUUUUGUCCAAGUGCUAAAGACUCAAAUGUUUUAUUGACACGAAACGGCCAAAUGGGGUGACGCUUUCCUUCUUGCUUAGACUCAACCCUCAGGCACGCCAAUCCGUUAAGUUAAAACCCAAGAUUGGGAAAGGGGCAAUAAGCAGAUAAGGACGUCAUUUAUUAAGGGGGAAAUGGUGAUUCCUCUUCACUGUUUCUUAUUAGGCUUCUACUUUUUCUCUUUCUUUUUCCCCUUGUUUUUUUUUUUCCUUUAUUUUGAUUCUUUUGUUUUUGGAUAAAUUCUUUUGUAAGAAAAAUUGUCGUUCAAACAGAGCAGGAAAAU